AUGCCAGUGAAGUCUCCAGCUACGGAAACAUUGGCAUGGUCUGAAAACAUGGAUUCACUCUUAGCUAACCAAGCUGGUUUGGACGCUUUCCGAACAUUUCUAAAAUCAGAAUUUAGUGAAGAAAAUGUUGAGUUCUGGCUUGCCUGUGAAGACUUCAAGAAAACAGAAAGUAGAGAAAAGAUUGCUACCAAAGCUAAGAUGAUUUACUCUGAAUUCAUUGUAGCCGAUGCACCAAAAGAGAUUAACAUCGACUUCAGUACCAGAGACCUCAUCUCAAAGAAUAUUGCUGAACCAACUCCAAAAUGCUUUGAUGAGGCUCAGAAAUUAAUUUAUAGUCUCAUGGCCAAGGAUUCAUUCCCUCGUUUUCUAAAAUCAGAGAUUUAUAAGAAACUGGUAAAUAGCCAACAGGUUGGAAACCAUAAAAGAUGGCUGCCUUUCCUGUGAAGAAGAUUUAUUUCACUUUAUUGCCAUUAUCUGAGACUGAAAGUUUUUAAAUGGAAGGAAAACACCAGUGACUUAUUUUGCUAUUCAUUUGGUAGACAAAAAUCUUGCUGCCUCCUCUUCAUAAAAAAUAAACACGUAAA